AUGGAAUUCAGCCAGGUAAUCUUUCCAGAAUUUAAUACGAAAAAGCUCUGAAUUUGAUAGUUUACCGUAAAUACUGUGUUUGAAGGAUACCUCUAAUACAUAGAAGGGCACCCGGAAAAGUGAACUUGAACAGUUUUAAGUUGAUUUUCGGACGUCUCACAGGAUUUUAAAAUUUCACAAAAAUAAUUUUUGGAACACUGAAAUUACGGUAUUUACAGGAAUGGCAGGUAUUCCAUGUUACCGAUGGAAACGAGGUUCUGAAGGCGAUGAGAUUCAAAGCUUCGGCGAAUGCACCAAUAGGAGAAGAUGGGGGACCUAUGUUUAACGUUGUGAUGGAGCGCUUCAAGGAAAGACGAAUUCAACUCGUCAGAGUAAGUCUUUUCCACCGCUUCUGACUAAAAUCAUUGUUGCUGCAGGCUAUUGAGGGAUACGGAGAUCUCAGAAGAUUUGGCUGUGGUCAAAUUCUUCGACCACUUUAUGACGUCGCAAUGACUGGAGACUUUGAGAGUUUCGAGAAAAUGAACUUCACGCCAGCUGAGUGAGUACCACCCAAUCUCUUUCAGUAAGCACUAGGAAAUCUCAUCAGGUGGAACAAAGAGAGACCGAUGGAUAGUCUCGUAAUCCCCGAGGCAUUACUGGCUUGCAAAUCGUUCAAGGAUUACGUCGGAUAUAUUGAUUACGUACCGAAAGUUAUUGUGAUUGGAAGUGUUAAGUGCCCGGCAAACAUUUCUACAAUGAAUAACUUUCAUCUUGACAUGUACAGUAAGCGAUGCGGUAAAUAACACGAGAGAUAUAGGAGAACUUAAUAAUUGAUUUUCAGCUGCGCUGCGCAAUUCUCGCGACAGCUCUCUUAAGACGGAAAGCAGUUUUGCCAAUACCGCACUCGAAACAUGCGAUGGGACCAGGCAGAACCGCGCGCCACCGAAGAGAGCCCCGUAUUAUCUUGAUCAAGGUCAGGAACUUGAGCUAACGUAUUGUAUUCAACCAGGACCACCGCCACGUGAGCGUUGAUUACAUUUGAUUUCCAUCUCCUUCUUCUUGUUUUCAGCUCCCAUGAUGUUUAACGCAACGCCUCUCAUGAGAAGUCUGUUUGACAGCAAGCCAGAGAAGCAACGUACUACAAAAGUGAUGAUUGAAUUCGAGGAAACUCAAGAGGCUUAUUUCAAAAGCCUCUUCCCUAAGUUCGAUCCGAGAGAUGAUUAUCGACCGUAACCUUGCAUUGGCUUUUUAGUUCAAACGUUGAUUUGCUUGCAGAAACGGUCAGAAUCACUACUACAAAGUAGACUAUAUCGCUCAACCGUGGCUGAUGACGGCUCUUCAGAAGAUUCACUAUGAUGAGAUCGAUUUCAAGCAAGGUUGACAAAGGAAAAAAUCUGCUGAAUAUUACUGUUCAAAUUUUCAGUUGAAAAAUUCCGUUCUUAUUCUGGAAAGAAAAUUUUCAAACAGGAGGCUGAAAUAUUAUUUCGGUACGACACUUUCAACCAUUUCGUCUUCGAAUGAUUUCUCAACUUUCAGCGUGAGAGACAAAAUCUUCAAGGACGCACGUGAAGAAAUUCAUUUGAACUACUUCACACCUCCGCAGGGACCAGUCUUGUUUUCCGGGUGUGAGCAUUACACUUUCGAGAGAGAACAUGAAGAACUUAUGACGUUCGAUGGGUACGAUUGUGAGUAGAUGCGUUCUUGAAGCAAUGAAAUCAAAGUUUUUACUUACAGAUCCGAUGAAGUAUUUCGGUCAUCUUCAAGUAAUGCGCACGCACUGCAAACAGUUUCUGCACGACACGAUUGGAGAGAAAGAUAGUGAGCAAUUGAGGAGCAGGCAGUUGCUAAAUACACUUCCAUUUCAGAGAUUGAGAGUAUUGCUUCAAGAUACGCUGCCAUGCGUCUUUGCGAAGUUCGCGGUGGCAUAAACAUGGGGAGAUUGAUCGAGCACAAGGAGAACUUUGAACGGUUCUACAAAUUCUGCUUGAGAUGGAUGUCGUUCUAUCUAACGAUUGCGUUCGAUCUGGUCUGGUUGGUGCGUAGUCCGGAGGAAACAAGAUUGAACAAGGAGUACCUUUUUGUUUAUUAUUACUUCAAGUUUAUCCCGUCCGUGGAGAAGAUUGAAGAACGCAGAGCAGCUCUGAAAUUGAAAGAUAACGUUACGGUCCCCAUUCCUGUGAAUGUUAUGAUGUAUAAGGCGGAAUACGUGAACACACCAGUGUCGGAACAGCCAAAGACCUCCGAUGAGUCUGACGAGGAUGAGACGGAGGAGGAAGAGGAGAAGGAGCAGGAGAAUGAGCAGGAGAAAGAGCAGGAGAAGGAGCAGGAGAAGGAGCAGAAGAAACCGUGCAGCUGCGGAUGUACCUGCAAGAACGGCAAGUCGAAUCAGAAGAAGAACAGGAAGAAGGGCAAGAAGAGCAAGAAAUAA